GAUAUUUUGUUCUUUGUGUUUUCUGUGUGUUGAUUCGUCGAUUCUAUCAUCAUGGUCGCUCGUAAUACAGUGAUCGGUGCGACAGUGAAGCUUUAGUGGCGACAUUUACAUAAUUUCCAGGAACUAGUAAAGGACUUCCACCGUAUCCCGAACUUUCUACGAAAUACGCCCGUGGUUCUCGGUGCAUCUUCGUAUUAUCCUGUUCUCAUCCUCCCCCUCUUCCUCCUCCUCCUCCUCUUCCUCCACCUGCUCCUCCUCCCCCCCCAAACGGCAGUCGUCGAGAGUUUUUUUUCGUCGUUUUUUUGUUUUUCUUCGUCAUCUGAGAAUCGACCCGCCGACCGACCGACUUAAGAAGGAUGACGCCUUUGUGAUUGGAGACGAUAAGCGAGAAAGGGAGGAAGCGGCACAAGCAGUUCCGUGAAGAUGUACACCUUAACAGCAUGGGGGAAGGUGGGCGUGAUGGCCAUCGGCGCGGGCGUAGUGGCUCUCGCGGUGGUGCUGGUGGUGUGUGUGGUCGGCCCCGGGUGCUGGCUCAACACCAUUUUCCUGAAUGACGAGGAGAGGCGACGGCGCGAGAAGGAACGCCAGAGCAUCUUCCGUAGCGAGGCCCCGACCCUACGCCUCACCACCUCCGCCAAGAGUCCUGAAGAUGCAACCAAGUCCGACCUUACUCUGGCGCAUACGCCAAGCCAGACGCCCACCAACACCAAGUACACCUACAUGAGCCCUGUGCACGGGACGCAUCCUGAGACCUCCUCCCUCCUGGGCGCUCUCUCCUCCAAGCGGGACUCGACCUACUCGUCUAUGUCGGAGUACAGCGGAAGGACGUCGCCUACCAAUUCCUGCAGGAGCAGCGUGGGCGACAGUGUGGGGAGCGGCGUGGGGAGUCCUGUGGGGGGAGAGGCGCAGGGCCACCUCUCCUUCGGCAUCCAGUACAUUCCGACCAGUCAAGAGGGCAACACGGGCAAACUCGUUAUCACUGUCAUUGAAGCACGAGGACUGGCAGGCAAGGAAUAUUUAGGAAACGCCUGCGAUCCUUACGUCAAAGUGGUGCUGUGGAAGGAACGCCGCUCCAUCAGGAAGCACAAGUCGCCGCCACUACACGUGUUUCGGACGCGGACGGUUCGGCACACCCAGGAUCCGAGCUUCAAUCAGUCGUUCGUUGUUGAGGCUUCGAAGAGCGAGUUGAAGGAACUCGUCGUGAAAUUGGUGGCGAUGGACACGGACAAAUGGGCGAGUCCAAGUACGGUGGGGGAGGUCACUCAGCCACUCAGGGACAUCAAGAACUUGGCUGCCCUCGAACAGCGGACCACCCUGAGCUACUUCUUAGAACCUCCCAAACUGGAACUGGGUGAGGUUCUGUUCGGUCUGAGUUAUCUUCCCACGGCUCAGAGGCUCUCCGUGUCUGUCUUAAAGGCCAACAACCUACAGUACAGCAGUGUAGUGGACGACCUUAAGGACUUUUGUCCGUACGUGCGCGUCCUACUCAUCAGCGGAUCCGGACGAGUGCUCAAGAAGAAGAAGACCACGUGGCGAUCCGGAACUGCUUCGCCUGUUUGGAACGAGACGCUGAUUUUCGAUUUGGCUCAGACGCAGGUUGAGCACGUGACCUUCCUGCUGGUGAUGUGCACGAGGCCUCAGCUCCCCGUGACUCCCACGAGCUCCGACGCCUCCAUCCACUCCGGCAGCGACGUCCUCCACGACUACCAGGGCGUGCAUGAUCUCUCCCUCUCGUCGUCCCCGCUGCAUGACCAGCAGGGCCACAAGCGCGACAGAUACGUGGGCAAGCUGGCCCUCGGGUGCAAUGUCCGCGGGGAGGAACAGAGGCAGCACUGGCUCGCCAUCUUGGCCAGCCCGCGCAAGGUGGUGUCGCUGUGGCACUCCUUGCGGUAAAUCCUCUUUACUGCGUCUCAUAUGCCCGUGUUUUAUUUCUGUUUCUUUCUCUUGAAUCCGUUUUUCUUUCUUUCUUUCGAAUCCGUUUUCUUUCUUUUCUAGAAUCCGUUUUCUUUCUUCUCUCGAAUCCGUUUUCUUUUUUACUUCUUUCGAAUCCGUUUUCUUUCUCCUCUCGAAUCCGUUUUCUUCCUCUUAAACCCAUUUUCUUUUUUCCUUCUUUCGAAUCCAUUUUCUUUCUUUCGAAUCCGUUUUCUUUGUUCUUUCGAAUCCGUUUUCUUCCUCUUAAACCCAUUUUCUUUCUUUCCUCCUUUUGAAUUUAAUUCUUCCUUUCUAUCAUGUAAGUCUGUUUUCUCUUUUCUUUCUUUCUUUGGCAUUCUGGUACUUUGGGAUAAUAGAUAAAAAGGAGAUUUUAUUUGAUUUGGAAAGACAACGAGAUACUGUCUAUGCGCACAAUGAAAGAAAUUUAAUUGGCUUCGGAAACUGCCUACAAAGGAUUUACGAAACAAAAAAAAAUGUAUGCUGUUGAACUUGUGUCUUUGAUGAAAAAAGAAAAAAAAAGUCUUUUUUUUUUCUCUCAACUUAACCUUAUUACUGUGUUAGAGUAUACAUGUUGACCGACCGUGACAAAACGUCCCCCUCCAUUUCAAUAAAAAGAAGACUAUUUUAUGGAAAACAUUUUUUUGUGUCUAAAUGUUGACGGUCUUCAUGUAGCCAUAUAUUUUUCCCUUUAUAUGUGAAAGUAUACUUAGUGAUUUGUGAUGUAUAAUUUGCAGACAUACACUACAUAAAUAUGUUAUGUACACAGAUACCAUAUAUUAAUAAACAUGAUUUUGUAUUUGGGUGUGUUGAAGAUAUACACACACACACACACACACACACACACACACACACACACA